AUUUAAAACUUGAAGAUUCUUUAGCAGUUUGUUUAGUAGAUCAAUAUCCUACUAGAACUCUAAUGGGUAUCACUGCAGAAAAUUUGCCUAAAAAAAUAAUAUUACUCGUAAACAAGCUGAUGACUGAUGCUGCUAGGUGUUUUUCCGAUGAGAUAACACUAGUUGAAGUCAAAACAAAAAAAGGCUCUGCAUUAUUUUCUAGAGAUGAGCAUCCACGUCUACAAACAACUAUCCAAACAUUAUUUAAACUAUCUUCCGUAUUUGUUAAAGAUACUGGUAUAAUAAUGGCGGGUAAUGCAUCGGAUAUUAGUGAUGCUGCAGAGGCAAUUAUUGUAGCUAGUGAAGAUGUGUAA